UAAAAUUCAAAAUGUUACUAUACAAAUCAACCACCUGUCCAUAUUACCCCCGCUGUCCGUAUUACCCGCGGUUCCCCUACAAUGCUUUCAAAAAAUCAGAGAGAGUCGAACAUAUGGGUAGACGAAAUGAAUGUCAUAUCGUUCCAAGAAAAACAAUUUUGACGCACAAAAUUUAUUUGAUUUUUCAAUGCCUUCGGUCCAACGUACCCCCUUCGGAAAAUAGUAAGAUUUCUGAGCCAUUUACAGACUGAUUUCAGCAAAGACCCCAACAAUUCUUUUUCAGUCAAGUAAUUUUUAGCAUUUGAUGGUUUAUACUUCAAUUAAAUGCAUUUUUUAAUCCAUGUUUUAAAACCUAAGAAGCUAACAUUCAUUACCGAAAAACGUUUUAAUUUGGGCUUAAACUGGUUUUAAUUUUCUGGGAAUUGAAAAACAUAAAAGUGCUUGUCCGUUGCAGCAAUAGGCAUGGUUAAAGCCGCUUACAGCUACCAACACAUAAUACUAGGCUGAUUAAUUUGAUGCCAAGAAUAAUUAUGUGGGAUUAAUCAUUGGUCCGGCCCCUAAAUUCGAUGAAUAGAUGAUGAUAUUUGUAUACAGAUCCAAAUGCAUCUACCCCCGGCCACUUGUGCGUAUUCCUGGAAUUCCAUGCAGCUUAGGUAACAAAAAUUAGUUCAUGUAAACAAAUGUCACCGGUAUACCUGUAAAAGUAUCGACUAGACAAAAACAUUUAUCCGGGUAAUGAAAGUGGGUAUGUCUUUCUCAAGAGAGUGUUAGUCACCUAUAUAUUAAAGAAUAUUUUGCAAUUUCACCGCAUUCCCGUUUGUGAAACGAAAAUACAUAGUCGUACCGUUGGUUUUUUUCGAAAUUGUACAGAAGUGAAAGUGCAAAGAAACAGUGACUAACGAUCCCCUAACUGCACUAAUUUUAUGACUUCCCUGAAAACACCGAUACAAUGAGUCUUGCGAUGGAGUCCAGUGCAGAUGUCAGUUUCACGAGAAAUGAUUCCAGAUGGUACUUUUCCGCCGAACAAAUGGCCGAUUCGCCUAGCCGCAAAUGCGGUAUCACCGCUGACCAGGAACUACUGCACAGACAGCUCGGGGCGAAUCUGAUACAGGAUAUGGGCCAGCGAUUGCGGGUAUCGCAGAUAUGCAUAAACACCGCCAUCGUCUACAUGCACCGGUUCUACGCGUUCCAUUCGUUCGCCAUAUUCCAUCGAAACAAUAUGGCAGCGGCCGCAUUGCUCUUAGCCGCCAAGGUUAUGGAGCAGUCCCGCAGAAUCGAGUACAUCAUCAAGGUGGCACACGUCUGUCUUGGGCUAACGGUGCCCGAUCCGCUGAAGGAAAGUUACAAGAAACAAGUCGAGGAGAUGAAGUUCAACGAAAACGCGCUCAUACAAACGCUUGGGUUCGACCUUGCGAUAGAUCAUCCCCACACACACGUUGUCAAGGUGUGCCAAAUGGUCAAAGUAUCGAAGGAUCUGGCGCAAACGGCUUAUUUCUUGGCAUCUAACAUCCUACACUUAACUACCAUGAGUCUUCGAUACAAGCCAACCGUGGUCGCCUGCGUUUGCAUAAACUUGGCGUGUAAAUGGUCUCGAUUCGUGAUCCCCCUGUCGAAUACUGGACGUCAUUGGUUUUACUACGUAGAUAAAUCUGUUACGUCUGAUCUGCUACAGAAGCUCACCGAUGAAUUCCUCCACAACUACGAUCGCUGUCCCACACGAUUAAAAAGCAAGAUGAUAGCUGUACGGGGACCCUCGAACGAAUCAGAUCGUGGAAGUGGAAGCAAGGAUUCCAGUCCGUCGAGUCAGUCCACGUCUAAUACUGCGCAACCCAACGACAAAGCCGACUCGCCAUCUUCUACGCAUUCAAAGCAGAGUACGUCUAACGGGGACCUCGAGUUGAAACCAUCUUCUUCUAGCUGCAAGAAUCCUUCGUCAUCUCUGUCAUCUAGUUCCCGUUCCCUCAGUGAGCGUUCCUCGCAGAAACACGAUCAACAGAAGGAUACUACCCAGAACGGAUUGAGUGACAAAGUUUCCAAAGCGCAUAAUGAUAGCCCAGCCAAUAUGCCUUCACAAUCCUCUUCAACGUCGUCUUCAGUGAAACGAGCUGAUUAUAAGAACGAUAAUGCGCGGGAUCAUAAAAACCGUAUGGUAUCAACCACGACAUCCGGUAGUUCCUCGUCAUCAAUGCAGAUGCACUCGAACGGCCAACACAAAACUGAUCGUCACAGCCGCAAAAACAGCCAGAAAAGUUACACGUCCCAAAGAUCGCACAUAGAAAGCAUCAAUCCAAUAAAAACAAAAGAAUCGAUGGUACCAUUGGUUGACAGUGUUCAAGACGUUGCCCCACAAACAUCUUCAUCGUCGAAAGUGAAACGGCCGCCUAGCUCUAGCCAAUCAAUGAAUGAUUUACCUUCAAGAGAAUCUGUUUCUGACCCUAGUAAACCGCCCGGGUCAACUUUCCGUCUCAUCGACGACACCGAUCUAUUCACGGAACCUGCACUAAUAAGUACCCCUCCGAAACGUUCGAAGCCUUCAUCAAUUUUCAGCCCAGACUGGGAGGACACGAAGGUCGAGAACAACAAUCGGAGUGUCUUCAAUGUAAAUACGAGCAAUAGUGGUGGCAAAUCUCGUUCGCAAGUUCAGCUUGUGGACUUGUUCACCGCACCGAGCGAUGGAACUCAUCAAUCUAGAUCUAAUGAGAUAGAAUCGUUCUCUCCCAACUCCUCUGGUUGUCUCAUAAAGCUAUUGGACCCAACUUCGACACCAUCCGUGCCGCUUCCCCUGCUUGACCAGGCUGACAUCGACCUAUCAGGGCUAGGUAGACCAGCCAAACGAUCUCUUCCAAGCAACGAACCAGCUCACCACGAUAAUGGAACUGAUUACCGACAAACCAAGAUUCGAAAAGUCGAAACUCAACGAUUGUCGGUACCGUUACAACAAUGCAGCAAUAGUAACCCAGCGCCAGCGUACAUUACCACAGGAAGUGAAGUAAUUCAAACCCCUACUAGUGAAACCCUCCCAAUUUCAUCGAAGGAUGACGAACACCAUCGAUCCAAAUCAGGCAAGAAAAAGAAAAAGAACAAACACAAAAAUAAAGAUAGCGACGAAACCAGGGAUCGGGACCGUAAGGAGCGGAAGAAACAUAAAAAAGACAAGGAUCGCCACCAUGAACGCAAGAGGUCGGACUCAUCUACUGCUUCGUCCGGGGGCCCAAUUGAGACAAACCAACCAAGAGAUUCACUUUCCACGAACGGCAAUCCGCACACUCCCAGAUUGAUCGUAAAAAUUCCGAAAGAUCGCCUCUCAAGGUCGUUCUUACGGAGCAUAGCGGCGACCAAGCCGGUACACUCUGGGGAUCGUCAAAGAUCUGCAAGUUAUUAUUCGAAGUAAGAAAAAAAGGGUAUAUUAAAUAGCAAUAAGUUUUCUUUCUCAUCAUUUAGUAUCCAAAUAAUUGUAUCCUUGAAUCAAGAAUCAAGUUAUAAAUUGAAAUAUAAACAUGUAUAAAGGAAAGAGAAAAAUACAUUGCAUGAAUUUCAUGGCCAUAGUUAACUGUAUGCUAUAAUGAUAUAAUAUUCUAGAUUAAAGGGUGUGUCACAUCAAAUUGCAUCACGGAAAAAAACGCUAUAGAAAUUCGCCAAGUAGACCGAUC